GAUGCUGAUAUGUGGAUGCAGGUGUGCGUCAGUGUGAUGCAGAUACAGUUACACAGCUGUAACGUUCACAUUUAUACUUGAUUCACAUUAGAUUAAUGUAAAAUGAGUAUUUCUACAUUUCAAAAGCUCACUAUAGUGUCAUGUGUUGUUCUGUGCGUCGCACUCCUGCUGCCGAAAAUGCUUUUAUCGCGCGGAAAGAGAGACGCGCCGCAGAAUGAAGGACAUUUCCCACCCAUGCCGCACAGAGCAGCAGUAUCCGAGGAGCAGCGGCGUUCCAGUCGGCAGUUUUCCAGAGCUCAUAAUCCUGAAGCCAUCGCCCGGGCUAAAGGUGCUGGAACCGGAGCCAGUACUGGAGGAAAGUCCAACCUUGCAGGACAGAUCAUUCCUAUCUAUGGCUUUGCCAUCUUACUGUACAUCCUCUAUAUUCUGUUUAAGAUCUCAUCCAAAGGCAAAACAACCAAUCCUCCUGAGAGCCGAUUCACUGCUGUCAGAUCAGAAAAGAGGAAAAUAUCUGAUUUUGAGUUGGCUCAGCUGCAGGACAGAUUGAAUGAGACAAAGGACGUGAUCCAGAGAAUCAUUUCAGCAGCCAGUGACUCCUCAGACAGCAUGGCAGGUGCUGUAGCUGUAGAUGAGGAGCAGAAGUUACUGUACCAGCUGCAGGAGAUCACACGCGUCAUGCAUGAGGGUCAACUCGUGGACACAAUCACACCAAACACUGAAGAGCACCACUGCCGACAUGAGUGUGCCGAUUUCCUUGCAGACAGUCAGAAUGAUGAUGUGAACGAGAUGAGCGCUGAUCCUGAGGACAUACAUGAGUCUCAUGAUGAGAAACAGUGUGUGGAAGAUGCAGGAGACGAUACUAUUAGAGAACAUGAUGAAGAUGACGAAGAGAAGACAGACGCCAACAGAAACAGACACGUAGAAGGAAUUUCUGCGCUUGAGUCGAUGAGCCAGUCACAGCGCACAACUCAAACAGAAAGUGACAUUACGCCCAUCUCAUUUUCAGACAACAGCGUCAUAAGAUGGAGGAGCAAAAAGUAAAUCAACUGAUAAAAUGAGCCUUAAACCACCAAAUACUUCUCUGUUUGAAGUGUUUAUUAGACAAACAGGAACGAGCAGCUCAUGUUGACAUACGAGUCUCAAAUAAAACAUACAUCACAGCAGCUGUUUAAAUAUGUUUGAAUUAUCACCCUGACACAUGGAGAUUUUACUAUUUACGUUUAAGCAAACUGUUUGUGAUAAAUAUAGGCUAUUCUCUAUUGUACAAUGAUCUGAAUCUAUGUUUGUAUGAACAAUAUGUUUUCCAGAGUGAUUUUCCGAAGUUUGAGUCCACUUGUGAAAAUGUUUCUAUUUAGCAUUUUUCUCAUUUAAUCGUUUAAUUUUCAUUACAAAUGAUAUUAUCAGCAUAACAGUUUGAGUGAAAAAUUUGUGCAAAACCCGAUUAUUGUGAUAUAAUCAUGAUCCUGCAUGUGAAUUUUCACAGAGCAUUUUUUGAAAGUGCUUUAAUGAUAGAAAACCUGUCCUUUUGUUCUAAAUGAGUUAAUGUCACAAAUGUGCUUAUUUGAUUAUUUUUCAAAAUGGUAAUCACUAGCACGCAAGCAACAGUGAGAGAGGAGCAGGCUAUUUUAUGUAUAAGUUUUUCGCACCUGCAUUCCAAUGUACAUCUUGAUGUAAUCCUUCCUCAUGAUCACGCGCCGUGUUUUCAUCAGCUGAAUGGGAGACUAAACACUAUUAAAGUGUGACGAAACUCGUGCUGAGCGUACAAGCCAUUCGCGCAUCACAAGCAGAUCAACUAUUCAGCCCUUUUCGGUGAAUUGCACCUGCAAAUUCCUAAAACUUUAUUUUCAGGUUUAAUUUAUAUUUUGAAUAGACUCCGAUUUUUGAACCCCAUGAUGUGGGUUUGUUUUCUCUUUUAAUCGUUUAAUGUAAUUAUGAGUGUAACCAUGGUUUAAAGAGGGUCUACCUGUAUGAUGUGUUGGAAAUCUCAAGGAUUAAUAGUGGUGUUUUCCUUAUUACAUCAGUUGUUCUAAAAGCAAAAGGAACAAAUGAAACAUGGAAUGUUGGCUGUCAUCCGCGCAGCCUGAUAGAAGCAAAGCAGGCGCGUUUGCUCACGCGAUUAACUGAAAGUGAAGCGCUGCUGGCUCGUGAUGCGUGAAUGGCUUGCAAGCGCUCCACGAAUCUGUUGGGUAUACUAAAGUCUCGUCACAUUUUAACUUUUUGUUUAGCCUCCCAUUCAGCUGGUGAAAACACGCUGCGUGAUCAUGAGGAAGGAUUACAUCAAGAUGUAGAUUGGAAUGCAGGUACUGAAUUUAUAUAAAUAAAAUAGUCUACUCCCUCCGCACCUUGCAAACAUAUAAACGUGCAGCACGUCACGGUUAUUCUGGUUGUCACUAUUAGCACACAACUUUGAGAUAAUUCUGUAAAAUGCAGAAGGUGCAUCUGAAUAAAAUAAAUAAAAAAUAAACACUUUACAGGUUUAUGUUUGCAAGAUUUCUUGGACCUCAAAUGUUAGUAUCUAUGGUAUCUUCUAUUCGUGCUGUUGUAUUGCAUUAUAAUAUAUGACAUUAUCUUCACAUAUAUGCAUCACAUAGAGGAACAAAUGAGAUUUAAUGCAAUAAAAUGCUGUACACGUGUAGUUUCCAUAUAGAAAACGCUUACUGUAAGUCAAUUUGAUUCUUUGUUCCCCCCCAAUGAUAUUUCUGUUGUCUAAUCUCUGCUCAUAAUUAUGUCUAAAGUUUAGAAAAGUUAAUGUGACAUUUUGGCUGUAAUGACAUUUUUAAUUGACGUUAUUCAUAUUCUGUCAAUAUUAGCAUUCAUUCAAUAUUAGCAUUCAUUAGUUUAUAAUUGUAAUCUUAUUUCCUGUUAAUAAAAGACAACAUAAAACCAUUUCUUUUGACCUUCAUUCAGUCAAAUGCAUUUUCAUUAAUUAUGUGGCACUAGAAGUUAAUCUUACUUAAAAGCCAAUGAUAACACACAUUCUGCACCAAUGUGUGUUAUCAUAGCACAUUCUGCAACAUUUCAAAACUUGUUUGAAGGUUUCUUU